ACGAUGAAGUCGUAUUUACUUUUAGCUGUUUUGAUUCUUGUAUCAAAGUACGAUAGAGCAUGUUGUAACCACCACCACGACGACGACGAUGACGACAACAUAGAGAAAUUUGAGGAGAGAAGUUUAACAAGCGAGAUUGUAGGGCUUUUAAAUGGCACUUACUUCAAUUUGAAUGAGAAAGUAUGUCAGUUACAAAGACGAGUCGACAAGAUCGAAGGAACCACAAACUCCGACAAUCAGUGUGAAUGUAACCAAACGGAAAUUGACGAUUUUAGGCGAUCUGUGUCUGACGAACUGAGGACGUUCUCCAAAAUCCUGUCUGGGUUUGAAAAUGAAAUGCGGCUUUUGAAAAAUGAGCAGGCGGAAUUACGUGAGAUACUAGGAGGAGAUGACAGCGACGCAAGUACCACAACCACGCCGCCACCAGUUGUCUGUGACAGUGACUGGAUAACGUCCCCGGAAAAGUGUUAUUAUGUCUCCUCAACUUCCCAGAAAACGGAAUGGGCAACAGCAAUUACCCGGUGCAGUGACAUGGGAGCUAAUCUUGUUGAGAUCCAAACCGACACAGAAGCUAAGUUCAUAAUGAGCAACCUGCCGAGUCGUGUUGGAAACACUGACAUUAUAUACACCGGACGUAAAAGAAAUGAGGCGAACAACUGGGUUUUUGUUAGCAACAACCAGAUAGUAGAUACGAACGUGAGGACCUGGGCAAGUGGUGAACCAGACGGCGGGACCCAACGGUGUGGUUGUACCCGACAGUCAGAAAACUUUCGGAUGUUGGACUGUUUCUGUACUGGAUAUAACCUAUUCUAUAUCUGUGAAAUUAGGCGUUGAUAGCUACUGUCCACGAGUACGUCGCAUAGUGCAGAAAUGGAUGUAAUAAUUUCUUUUAGAAAUCUUCGUCUGAUGUUAGGUGAAAGCGACUACACCAAUGUGAUGAUUUUCACUGUCAUAAUAAAAAUCUGUUUUGCAA